GGAAGUAGGGCGGGACCUCGGCUCUUUAUAAACAUGGCCGUUAAGCCCUUCACAGCAUCAGGUAUUACGUUUGGCUGAAUGUGUUAGACUUUCAGGAAGUAACGAGGGAAACUAAGACAGUAACAGGUGGAAAGAAAAUGUAGACACACGAAGGACGCUUUUAAGUUAUAUGAACUGUUUUAUACUCGCGUGUGUGCGAUAUCGAUAAACUUCAUGUAGGACUUUAUGCUAGCUAGCUAGCCGAGCUAACGCCUAACGUCUGAACAUUAACUUCUGUCAACUUUUCAACCAGCGACUGAAACCCACGACCUGACUGCUCGUCGAAAUGGAGAAGCACCGACGCUGGCCUAGGCUGUCUCGAUGAAUAUUUCACACGCUGAAGUGCUGGAUAACCUGAGCUAAGGGCUGAGCUGAACUUUAUUGGAGGCUUCUUUGGGGUUGUUGUUUUUUUCCACUGGAAGCACCGAAGAGCCCGAGCUGGAACAUCACCACCGUGAGAGCGGACAUAAACAAUGUUUUCUCCCAAACCAAUGAAACCAACCUUCAAAUCUUAUCUUCCACCUGUACAGGUCAGUAUUUGCUUCUAUUCAAUGAAGAGAUGGUGUUAAUGUCAUGUUGGAUGAUCAGGGUAGUGUUCAAAAUCGUUGGGUUUUAUCUAAUUCAGGCUAAAGCUGUGCCUUGUAUAUUGCGGAAGAGGGAUUGAUAUUUGACUUAAUAAGGUCAAGACCACGAAAUAGGACAAGUCAUAUAUAGACUUGAAACCUGAAAUGAGGAAUGCACGAUAUUCACCGAUAUUUGUGGCUACUAUGAGUAUAUACUAAUACAUAGAUGCACUUUUUCUACUGAAGAGAGUACCAGGUCCAACACCAGAAUUGACCUGAUACUCUUAUUGUAACAGUCUGAUUGUUGUAGAAAUAAAAAAUAAAACAAGACAACACAUGAUAUUACUAAAAAUUAGUAAUGUAAUCUUUUGAUAAUGUUCAGCAUAAUGUUUUUUAAGAUGCACACUUUAAUUGAAAGUGUUGCAGGAGUGUUUAUUUGGUCAUCCUCGCUUCACUUGUGCUACACAAGCAUUGCAAACACCUACUUUGUUGUGCCCAGUACCCCAUAUCAGCUGUUCAUCUCGCCAAAUGAGUCAGUACAGAUGAUCAACUUUUUAAGGCCAUUACGCAUCAGUACCAUUGUCCUGAUAUUGUGCAUCCCAAUCUGAAAGCAGCCCUUUUGUGUUAUGCUGUGAAUUUUUGUAUUCUAUCAACUCACCGAAGGCUAAGGCUGAGUUUGACUUCUCAUACAUUCAAAUAUGCACAGCCUCAGAAAAAAUGCUGGAGCAGUUUUGUCUUCAUGGUGUCCUGUAUAAUAUCACCACUAAAGUGCUUCUUACUGCUUGUGUCAAGGAUUGAGACUUGUAUUUUUGGAGGGGUCUAGUACCAGUUUCAAAAUUACCUCAAUUAUUCAACAAUAAUUUGGCAUCUUCUUUACACCCUUACGCCUUAACUUGACUUUCAAGUGCAGAUAGUCACAGUUUUUUACAGUUGCUGGUAAAAUAACAAGAUCAGUGUUUGUAAAAGCAGGAGCAGGACAAGCAAAAGUGUUUUCUUAUUAGAUAAUGCUUUUAUAGGAGUUUUUCUUUUGUAAUUAAUCAAGCUUAAAACCAUCAUCAUACUGUCAGGGCGUAUCCUUGUUCAUGUUAGUUGCUUAAAAAACAUUGAAUGACUAUUAUCUAAUAACUGAAAUACAGCGUGUUUGCAUGUUAAUGUUAUGAAGAGGUUUAAAUGCACCAUGAACACCACCAUGUCAACAAAAUUAUGAAGGAGUACUAAUGGUGUAUUUGACCCAGAUAAACAGGUCUGAGCUGUGGACAAGACAUUUACUGAACUGUGACACUGCUCAGUGACAUUCCCUCCCCCAAAUUGGUUAAUGAAUGGACAUGGCCCUUUAUGAGGGUGUGUGUUUCUUAUGACACAAAACUUUUACUACAAUAACUUCAAACUCUUUUCUUUUUGGUUUUGUUGUUAAGUUUUUGGAAAGGCCUUUUUGGCUGUAUUCUUGAGAAUAAUGACACAUUAAAUUUGAAGAGCUAAUCCAUGGCUUUAGUUUUACGAUGUUUACGACCCCAUCAUAUGAUCUGUGCAUGAUUUUCAUGCAUAAUCCAGAAUUUACCAAAGACUUUGGUUGCUGAAGUUCCACAUUAAACUCUCGUAAAGAUGAAAGUCAGCCCUUUAACCCCAUAGUCAUUCAUUCACUUGAAUUCAGUGUUGUGGAGUAAAGUCAACAAGGAAAAAAUACAUGCCUGUCCAGAUACUUAUGGACUGUCACUUUGUCUGUGGGUAUCAGCUGUAUUUGGGGAUACAGUAUUAAUAGCGUUAGUUGACAGCUGUGCAGCUAUGGUUCCCUCUCGUUUGAAAUAGCAUGCAUCAGGGUCAUCAUAGCUUGCUGCAUAUUAUCACUGUUUAGAUUAGUGUCAUGCAAAACAGAUCCUAACAGCUGUCAGGAUGUUUAGUGAGGCUGCACGGUGGCCAUGGUUGGAUUUGAGGCGUGUUAGGAAUUUGCAAAGCUUAUUGCAAGUCUUCUUUUUUUCUGUCCAGCAAGUUGUAUUUUAUUCUUUGUUUACUCCACAGGGUCACUUUUAAGAGGACCGUCUACUUAUAAUGACACUCUUUUCCCAUUAUUCCUUAACAACCUGACAGGCUGGUGUUUGACUGACUGUUAUAUGCUUUUUGCUUUUUGCUUUUUCUCCAGACUGAUGUGAAGAAAACUAUUGAGCAGCCUAUUAAAAAACUGGAGCCAAAGUUACUUCAAGGUGAGUUUAAUUUAUGCAUCAUUUCCCCAGAUGACAUCAAAUACAAAAAUGUUUUGAUUUAUCAAGAAUUGUUUAUUUUAUUGAAAGCAGAGCAGAUAAUACUCAGGAAUUCCAUCUGCAUAUCUUUUGUGUCUGACUGGUUCUUUCUGAGCUCAUGGCUUCUUCAUCACAACAGGAGGGAGCUGAUCAAAACAUUUUUAAAAGAUUAGUCACCAUGAUUCACACUAAAAGUUAGAGAUCUGGGAAUGUUCUGAGGCACUUAAUUGUCAACUUACGCGAUGAACUGUGAAGGUUCAGCAUAAACCCCAAAUAACAGGAUUUCCUUGAACUACUAUGCUAUGUCAGCGCCUCUGGAUUUGUCUGUGAAUGACUGAAUAAAGCUCUGUCUUUGCAGUAAGAUAAUAAGUCAGUCAUCCUGUUAUGAUUUAUAUCCUAGGCAGGGUUUAAUCAGACUGGUCUGACGAGCGUUUCGGCUCAGCGAACAUGUGUCAUCCUGUCUUAAACAAUACUAAGUACUCACAAAUAUUAGAACAGAGCGGAAAAAUGGUUGUAGACUUCCUUCAUUACCUGUGAUGUCAUCCUAUUUCCUGUUGUUGCUAAUAGCUGUACAAGUGUUUUUUUUUCCUCAUACAUAAUUGUUUUUCUCACUCGGCCUCCUUUUAUUAGAACUAUCAGACUAUAGAAGCUGCAACAGGCAUGAAUUGGUCAUUUUCUUUGCGAAUCAAUCAAAAGAUGGGUGCAUCUUCUCAUAGCGAUACAGUAGCGUUUCCCUGCCAACAGUUUUAUGCAACAGCGCGUCGUAGUUCCUCACUGUCUUUCUGGUGUUGACACCUCUGAGUCAGAGGAAGUUACCUUUUUGCAGAAGUGACUCUUUUUAAGUGAAAUUUUCAUUUCUCUUAAACUGUGCUAAUCUAGGGAAAUUGUUCAGUCAUCACACUUGAGUCUUGUGUGAGUUUGGAGUCAGAACAGGCAAUAAUGUCAAAGUGAGAGUAACCUCAAGCUAUAAUUCUGAUAGAAUAUGAAAGUGCUUUUUAGUGGUUUUGAUUAAAAAUAAUAAAAAAUAAAAAAACCUCUUGAACCCUUAAAAAACUGCUUUAGUUCUGUGAAUUAUAAAUCAUUUAGUUAAAUCAAACUGGAUAUGUAAACUUUAAUGAGCCAACUAAUUAAAAGUAACUUCACAGCCAUUGGCACACAGGGGUCCUAACAUUUUUUAAAGCCAAUAGACUAAAUAGUUUUCUUGUUUGUACUUAAAUCUGUUGCAUGACUUGAAUUUGUUAAACUGUAUGGCGUUACUGUCCCACUUAUCACAGAACCGACCUGUUUGUUUAGCGUCUUCCCUUGGUCUUUGAGCACCUGUAAAAGCGCGUUAUAGUUAAUUUAUUAUGGUUUUAAUAUUUAAUUCAGUAUACUUGUAUUAAACAUACAUAGAUGCGAGGUUGAAAUCCUUUGUUUCUCACUGUGCAUUGAGUUUUAAAUCACAAAACAAGUUUCUGUUAGCCUCAGCCUGUCUAACAUCGUUUAGGAAGCAAGUGAAAUGUUUUUGUCACACUUUGCUGUCCAUGCAGUUUCACACAGUACCAGAUGUUGCUGUUAGAUAAGUUGUAGUAGUUUAACCUGUUUAAGAUGGUAGUAUAGGGGAUAUGGAAGCAUUUCAACAUUGUACCUUUUGAAAUAUAACACCUUUUUGUUACUUAGUUUUAGUCUAUGUUGAUAUACUUCAUAGACGUUUGGUUUUCUUUUUACCAAUAUUGUCAAGACAAACACAUGUUUAAUAAUCAUUCAAUAAUCAUAGUAUUAGAAUUUAAAGCUAAAUGAUCAGUAACGUAAGUAUCAGUAAAAAACUUUUCUCUAUCCAAAGAAUGUAUUUGAGCAUUGCACAUACAUCAGUUUUUAGGAUUGUAACAGAUCAGCGUCAAGCUGAGUGCUCUCUGCUUUUUUAAAAGCUGCUGUUUACCUCUAAACACACUGUCAGGAUAACAAAUACAACAUUUUUCCUUCUCAUCUGUUUGUCACCAGGGGAGAUCGUAGUAAAUGAGGUGAACUUUGUAAGGAAGUGUAUCAGUGCUGAAAGCAGCCAGGAUGACCUUUGGGGGAAGUUGAUAUGCACCAACUUUAAGGUGUCCUUCAUCCCUCAAGAUGCCCCAACAAAGCAGGUAUCUGUCUAGGAUGACUCUGAAGUGGCCAACAUGUGAUUGUUUUAUAAGACUAUUUUAUACAGUGGGCAAAGAUGCUUCAAGUAUAUGUGCUGGAAUCAACAAUGGUAUCUCAUAAUUCUAUAUGUAUUUAAGUCUGUUAGUGCUGUCAGCAUCAUGCAGAACUGCUCUAAUAGUUGUUUCUUACAGCCGUAUUUGCAUGUACACUGCAUCUGGCAAGGAGGAAGGAAAACUUGUGUACCUUCCUGCAUUACAUUGUCACUGAUAUCCCACAAGAAGUGAGAGAGCAGGCGUAAUUUCCAGCUAUGUGGCAGACUGUUGCCAUAAUAACAAAGAAGAAUUUUCUCAUUGCUGAGCCUUUGUGUCUUAUCUUGAUCUGUCCACCAGUAUUUAUGGCCAUAAUUCAGUGGUUUUGGGUGUAGUUUAAUAUCUAUGGGAUGUCAAACAUAACACUAGUUUGCCUUUUUCCACAGAAAUCCAAGUUGUCACACCUCCUUCUUGGAGAGCAUGACAUCCCCCUCACCUGUCUGGAACAAGUAGUAACAGGUACAUCUGCUUCCAUUAUUAAUAACAUAAAGCUUUUUGAAAAAAUUUUCACUCAUAUUAACAUUUAACUCUUUCCAAUCAGAAGCCAGAGUAUCCUUAACUGUUGAGUUUCUUGUGAUAUUAACAAAUAAAAGCAAGCUUAUCAAAGUAAUUUAAUAAGGAAUAAGGAAUGCAUAUUCAGAUUUAAUUUUGUUCUCUAUCAGAUAAUUGAUUGUUCAACCGUUUUAACAACCACUUUGCAUUCCAACCCUGUCAUUUUACUCUAUUGGUGAACAGUCACAUCUAAAGUUGGAUCAGCCCUCUUUUGAUCUUUGACAGCCUGGGAUACUGGGAAUCUUUUGUUGUUUUGUCCCGAUCAGCAGUCUGAUAACAAGUGAUGUCACAGCUAAACCACUGAUUAGUGGCGCUGCAGCCAGGGAGGGAUUAGCCUUGUUUAUACUGUACAUCUCAUUGCUGUUGGUAGCUGACACUGCAAGGGCAACUGCCUAGAGGAAGGUUUGUUGUGAUACAGCGAUCAAUCAUGAGGCUUUGUUUAAGCCUGCUUGUUUUUGAGCUGUUUGAACUGGAUUACGGUAGACAACAUUCCUUUUAUGUAAUGAUACAAAGCUCUGUUUACAGCAGGAUUUAAAACAUCAUCUAUUAUGUCAUAUGUUUAUAUUGGAUCGCACAUCACUGUGCUGCAUAAAUUAUCAUUGUGGCUGAAACAUAUGUGGAGUAUGAUGUAUUGAUGGAUAAAAAUUGAGCGUUGAAUUCUUUGUUAUGUGACAAAAAGUUUCUCUUGACCUAUUAUGUUUGAUAGCGAUCUCAUAUACACUGAAAUUAUAAACAUGUUUUUUUCUCCUUGGAAUGAUACAGAUAUUCAGCCCUUGCUGAGUUAUUUACGUGUAUUUGCAUCUGCAUUUCUUGACAAUUUUAGUCACAUUUUUGCUGUUAUUCCUCUCAGUAAACGAUACAAAGGGGAAGAAGAAAGUACUGGGAUCGAAUCAAAAGCUGAAGUUCAACCCCACGGAGCUCAUCCUGUACUGUAAAGACCUGCGCAUCAUUAGGUUCUGCUUUGAUGAGGCUGGGCCCGAGAGUGCCAAAAAGGUAUGUACAACAGUUUUUUUUCCCCAUCAUGAUCAAAGUCUUUAGUCAGAGAGGAAAUACGAAGAAAGAUGAAGUCUUUACAAAAUAGGGACUGAAAUGCUGAUGAGUGCUGAUAAGACUCUCUACAACAUCCGCUUGGCUGGAAGGGAUGCAUUAAAACACACACACACACACACACACACACACACACACACACACACACACACACACACACACACACACACACACACAGAGAUACAUGCAUACUUUGGUUUCAGUAAUACGACCUUUUCAUCAGGGACAAGGAUAUUUUUAUCAUCACAGCUUCGGUGUGCAACUCUGUGUCACCCUAUAUCACAAAAGAAAUAACUGUUUUUUUGUGGCCGGGAGCCAAAGAUUGGUAAUUGAAAAAUAUCACCUCAAAAUGUCUGACCAUUUAGUGACCGCCAUUUGGAGAACCUUGGCAAAUAGGAUUGCUUUAUAGUUGCACUAACACCCUGCAAAAACAGAUGCUAUUUCACACAGUGUGGCAUACUGAGAAUAGACGCGUAUGUGUGAAUUAUUUGUGCAAAGGUUCACGAGAGCCCUUCUCAUUUUGCAGCUUUAGUACAUGACCCAUGAGAAACAGACAGCUGUAUAUAUCUCCUGAUAUUGUAUCAAUGUAAUGUACACAAGUUCGUUGUUUGAUCUUAUACCAUGCCAUCUGUGAGCAAUGUUUUGUGUAGGUUUUGGAGCUCCAUAGUACAUACCUGCAGCACAUUUGGCGACCAGCCUUUCAGUAUGGCACUCAAUUGAACAAAGUAUUUCUGCCAUGUUUGCUCUAUAUAACUAAAUUCAGCCUGUGGAGUUCCCCUUAUUACGUCCAUUCUGCUGUUUUUAACAGAAUAUGGAAGGUUGAUUAUGUAUAGGACUUUGAAAUAGAAAUGAGUCUGUACUCCCUCACUGCUUUGAGUUUAUUUAUGGACAUCAUGUAUGUAAUUACAGUGUGAACCUUUUUUUCUUCUCUGUGACAUGGGGAAUUUAGCCAGUCUGUAAUAGCUUACUUUGCCCUCGGAAAUUACAGAGUUGGGAGCAGCCUUGUCUCCACACAUACACUCUUUGCUGUGUUUUCUUGUGUUAUUCACAGCUUUACUACUGAAUGGACUGCUUUGUGUGACUCCAGUGGAGCCACAGACAGAUCCAGUCCUGAAAACCCUGAGCUGUCAGUUACACAUUUGCUUUUUCCAGGUUUCACUUGUUCUGGUGUUUUUUUUCUGUUAAAGUACAUUCCUUAGUGUUUCAUAGCAGUUUGGUGUUACACCAAUGCAAAAACUAGUUUUGGGCUGCUGCUGGUGCUGGUUUGAUGUGGGUCGCCUUUGCAGACCCCAUCAGCAACAACAUUAUGUCAUUGUAUCAUACUUCUCUUUCCCAGCUGCACUUGCAAGGACCACGUGCACAAAACACAGCUCAUACAAUGCAACUGUUCUGUUUUACUGUGCCAUCUCUGAUGACUUGAGCAUUUUCUUUUUUGGUUGACUUCCUUACAGAUGAGGAUUUUUUCUGGUACGAUGAUAAUAAAACAUUUUUUUUUAAUGCAUUUUAAGUAAGGGGAACCUUAUGUAGACAGAAAAAAAGGCAGUGUAUGAAGUCUGAGCUAUGAAAGGAAAAUGCAACUUUGUAAUGACUGUUUCAUGAUUUGAUGGACUCCUGCAACUUCAUUUAUAGUGUAUUAUAAAUCCAUAAGAGCUGAGCACUUUUUUAUAUUCGACUGAUUUCAUCAUAAAGCCAUUCUUAUUCUUGAAUUCUAGGUUUGCCUUGCUAUUGCCCACUACUCUCACCCAGCAGACCUUCACUUGCUGUUUGGCUUUGAGUAUCAGGGCCGGCGAUACCAUGAAACAAAAGGUAUGCAGAAAAAUGUCAAAAUUCUUUCACAUAAUUCUUUUGUUUUAACUUCAGUUCUAGUUUCACAUUUAUCCAUGUGCAGUUUUACUGUACCAUGCCUUAGAUGUUGUUUUUGAACUGUUUCUGCUUUUCCAGGAGAAAGAGUUAACGGUUCAGCCCCUCGAGGAGGAUUACAGACCCCAAAUUUUGACCGUCCUUCAGACUGGGAUCGUGAGAUCAAGAGAACGGGAGCGUCAGAGUGGAGGGUGUGCUCCAUCAACGAAAGUUAUGCCGUCUCAGAAAGGUUUUCAGCUUUUCUUGUUUGUUGUAGUCGAUUUCUUCUGUGCAUCAUAGGCAGAGUGUCUCCGUAGCUUCCUCAGCUUGCCUCACUUGUUCGGGACACUCUGAAUUUCACCCUUUACUCUUACUUGCUAUGCUUUGGCAAGACAGAAUAUUUGCACUGAACACACUUCAUGAGCGACAGAAGGAAAAAAUGUCUCUGUGUGUUAAUGUCUCAGUGUGAGAUGCAAGUAUUUUCGGGACAAUACGAACGAUUCAUCUGAGUUUGGUGGUGACAUCAUGAUGGGUUUCAAAGUAAGAAUUGGGACCUAUUCUUUGAGGAAUUUUGAGAAAAGACGUACGAUUACAUAAUAGCAGCUUGGCUCAAACUGGCUAUAACUGAUGGGGCUGCAAAUCUUCAUACAGUGAAUUCUGAUUCAGAUUACCCAGAACCAAAAAAAAAACAAACUUAACUGUCAGAAAUACUUAUCUUAGCUAUUUGGGACGGACACGGAAAGAUAAUCAGGCUUUUACAAUUGUAUUGUUUGUCAGUGUGGAGCAACGCUGUUCAUUGUCUCAUGGAAAAUAUGAGUUUAAACAUUUCCUGCUUUAAGGUGUCACUUUUAAAAAGUUCUCAUGGAAAUAACAAGUAACAUUAAGAUAUUGUCAACAUCACAGUAUUACAAAACAGAAAGAGUUUCCAUUCAAUAAUAGAAUAGUAAUAGUAUGCAGUUAAAGGUUUUUGGGGCAAAAUAUGUAGUUUAGUUUAGCUGCAGUAUGUUAUCCUAUGGUGAAAUUUUAAUAUAGUUGCAUUAUUGAUAAUUGAAUUUUCCUUCGGGGAUCAUUUAAGUACUCCUUCAUCUUCUUCUUCCUCUAUUCUUUAAGUUAUAUAUUGCUGGUUUUGGGAGCAUGUUUUUCAUCCCUGUGUGAUGACUAUUUGCUUUUUUUUCAGUCUUCCAGAGUACAUUGUGGUCCCAGUUUCUCUGGCUGAUCAGGAUUUGAAACAGUACGCUAUAUUUCUGCAUGACCGCCGCAUUCCCGUGAGUACCUGUGCUCUGCUACCUCUAAUAUAAACCUCUAUAAUACUUGUGAUUUUGUGGAACUUUCUGAAGCAUUACUUUUCCAUUUACUCCUUUUAGUUCAGUAUUGACACUCUAUUGAUUGAUUUUUUUUGUGCCAGUUUAGAGCAACUUACAGUUAUUUGCGAUAAUUCUCAGCUAUUUCCAAGCAGUAUCCAAUAUGAUACAUCAGGGCAUCCUUUUCACUUUCAAUAUGAUCCACUGACUCAUUGUCAAUGUAUUGAUUUAGCAUUGGUGUUGGAAUCACCCCAAUGGGAGUGCACUCGUCCGCAUGGCCAGCAUAAGUGAUCCAGUUCAGCAGAGGAAGAUUGAUCAGAGGUAAAGUAAACCUCCUAACAACAUUCCAAAUGAAUGAGGUGCUGAAAUUCAUGAUAUGAUACAUACUCAUUAUAGAGCUAGUUAUAGCAAAAUCUGAUUAAUAAAUGACGUUUUGCUGAGAUGUUUUUUUUUUUCUUCUCUGUCUGUUAACAGGAUUUUCACUGCCAUCACAAAAAGCCACCCACAGCGCAGUGAAGUCGUCAGGUUAGAUCUGGACAAGAGCCUGCCCAACAUCCAGGACAUUCAGAGUGCCUUUGUGAGGGUCAGGCAGAUCUGUGUCAUAGGUGAGCUUUCAUAUUUCAUAAUUUAUACAUAAGCAAAAAUCUGCUGCAGACCCCAAACAUCAAUAAGAGAUUUCUUAAAACCUUGGAGUCAUGUAUGGUUUAAUUCUGUGUUUUAGUAUAUUCCUAUUUUAUCUGUGUGCAGAUCCUUUUGAGGAGUCUGAGGAGAGGUGGCUGUCAGCGAUUGAGAACUCACGAUGGCUGGAGUACGUCAGGUAUGUAAACAUCCAUUACACUUUGAAUGAAAGCUCUCUGUGAAAUACUAGAGUUAAAUGGACAACAAGCACUUUAAUUCUUUUUCAUUUUGGCAACUGUUGGUUGAAAUUUUAUCUGUGUUUAUGGAAGAACACGCCUAUGAGAAGAGCAGAAAGCAUGAUUAUGUAACCAUUACAUGUUUGUUGUUGUGUUUUUUCAAGAUUGUCAAUUUUAUGGUUAAGCCAUGAGUACAAAGCUUGUAACCUAUAAAAAAUGUGCUCAAGGUUUUCAUAGUUUGUCCACACUUAUCUUCUUUGACUUUAGAGCUUUUCUGAAACAGUCAGCUGAGAUUGUGUACUACCUGGAUGGAAAGAAUGCUCCAGUCAUUCUUCAAGGUAAAACUCUCUUUUUAAGCUGUCCUUGGACAGUCAUAUUCUAUUCAAACCAACCUUGAAUAUGUUUGUCUUAUGGACAGCUUGUUUACACUUUUUCUUUCUCAUUUUUUACCCCUGUUCAGAGGAAGAAGACAGAGACCUGAACUGUGUGGUGUCCUCCCUGGUGCAGCUGAUGUUGGACCCUCACUACCGUAGCAUGUUUGGCUUUCAGAGUUUGGUGCAGAAGGAGUGGGUGAUGGCUGGCCAUCGCUUCUUGGACAGAUGCAACCACUUAAAGAAGAAUGAGAAAGAGGAGGUAUUUGUGUGAUACUAAAUAAUCAAUCACAGACUGAACAGAGUACUUAAACACACUUAAUCUUGUUUUUAUUUGUUUGUUUGUUUUUUCUCACUCAAGUCCCCGCUGUUCAUGCUGUUCCUGGACUGCGUGUGGCAGAUGACGAACCAGUACCCAGCAGCAUUUGAGUUCACAGAGGCCUACCUAACUGUACUGAGUGACAGCAUGUGGAUCCCUCUUUUCAGCACUUUCCUCUUUAAUGCCCCCAAACAGCGUGCUAAGCACUUAAUGGUAAGAGAACCAUUUUGAUUUGCUGUUAUGAACCCCCUUGCAGACCCAACGCAAACCAUGGCAUGCAGUGUUUUCCACACAUGGAAAAUAGUUGCCUGGUGUUACCUUGCAUGAGCUGAGCAAUGCAAACAAAUUGUCAUGGUAACCUGAACAUAUGAGUCUGGCAUCAAACUUGGUCCAGAUUCCUCAAUUAACCAAAAUCAAGAUCUUAUUGUUUGGAAAAAUAAGGUCACAGUCUCACUGUGUCAAAGAGAAUUAUCACAUUCUGAAUAUAAUAUUCCUAUUGUUUCUGGCACGUGCAUAAACAAAUAUAGAAAUAAUAAAAUGAUAGUUAAAUAAUAGUUGUAAGUAAUCACAAGUAGAAAUAAUGUCCUAUUCCCGUAACUGGUCUAAUUUUAACAACAAAGCAUCAUGUUUUUGUGGUUUUGUUUCUGUCCUGUAAAGACUAUAAUUUCCCUCUGUGUGUGUCAGAUAAGUCUGAGGAAGAAAUGCAGCUUGAGUCACAGAUAAGAAAACGUGACGCUCAUGCUCUGUAAAGUAACCACCUAAUGUGCCUAGGCAAAUUGUGGUUUUGGGGGAUUUCAUUUUUCCCACACUCACACGUUGUGUUGCUCUGUUUCUGAUGUGCAAUUCUGUGUUCUGUGUAAGACGAAAGAAGCUUUACAGAACGAGUAACCUUGUGUCAACUGUGCAGGACUUUGCAAAGAGUAAAGCCAUCCCUCAAGGAGAAGACCCGGCUGUGUGUUUCCCUCCUGUUUGGGACUGGUCGCAGCAGUUGUCUACCAAAGACCAAACUCUCUUUAACAACCCCAUGUACGUAGGCAAAGGAGCUGCCUGUGUGCAGAACGGGGAAGUGAAAACCUUCAAACGCACAAAGGUACCUAAGCUUUAUAAGGUUUAUAGAUGUUAUGGCAGUGAGCAUAUUUUUUAUGUAUCUGCCUUCUACUGUUUCUGUCUUGAAUGAACAGACACUUAAAUUAAAGUUUGGGCUUUAAAUCUUAUUUUGAUUAUAUUUAGUCAUGAUCAUUCUUGGCCCUGUUAUCUGUUUGGUUUGUUUGGGUGAUUUGAACAUCUAUUUUGUAAUCAGUUUUUAGUGAGCACUUUAUAAAAUUGUCUUUUUCCUUAUUUCCCCUCAUCUUUUCACUGCUAUGUGAUUUAUUUUGCUAGAUAAAGCAUUUUUUCACAUAAGAGUCAGUGCUUGAAAUGAGCAGUUUAUUAAGACGGCACCUUUUUAAAAAUUUCGGAUGGGACUUUUUGCCAAGCUUGUUAUUUAAUGUCUUCCGCAGCUGUGAUUUUUGUAAUAAUGAAAGUUUAAUUGCCUUUCCAGGGUUGUUUCUAAAGUAGAAUGUCUCAGGUUUGAUGUUUGACAACAUAGGUUUUGAGGAAGUUUCUUAGUCUAUCCUGUCUUACUGUGUUUCUCUACCCCAGCAGAAGUCCUACAGUACCACAUUGCGUGGGCCAUCUGCUUCUGUACGUAAUGGACUGAGGAGCGGAGAGGAUACAUUGACUCGACGUGGUUCCCUCAUGUCCGAGCUAAGGUCUGAUUUCUCUCCUGUAAAAGAUGAAAGCCCGUCAGAGCGCUUUUUCAGGGACUGGUUCUCCCGACCUGCUGACCAGCAGGGUGUUCUGAUCCCCCUUGUCCUGCCUUCACACAUGGCUCUCUGGAAGCUCUUCUUCCUACGCUGGGUCCCUGAGGCCUGCAUUCCCAAAGGGGGCCCCAUCACCGCGUACCACAAGCUCUCCCAACUGGUGGAUGAAAUUGAGAUUCUACAGAGCCAGCUCAGGCAGUACAAGGGACCCGGUCCAGGCGGCACACCACUCCCUAGCCCAAGUGGGCCUCUUUCAGACCAGAGGAGGAUGUAUUUUAAAGCCACCUCUCCACACGACCCCCCUACACCACCAGACUUCCUCAACUCCUCCUUUCCCUUCUCCCCAAUGGGAAACCUGUGCCGCCGCGGAAUCCACGGGACUCCUAUCAGCAAAUUUCUGAAUGGGGCGAGAAUCUGGCUUUCAACAGAGACUCUGGCCAAUGAUGCUAUCUGAGGGGCUUUAGGGCUAACCUUUCUGAGCUCCUUACCGGUUUAUAUAACAAUUAAUGAUCUAACAUUCUAUGACCUCUUUCUUUAAUACAAGAAGGAGAAGAAGAAAUAGAAAAAUGUAACUCCUGGACUUCUGAUUUUCAAUAACUUAUAAGCUAGAAUUUGCACCAUUGAUGCUGCAUCAAAAUCUGAGGUCAUUUCUAAACUGAGGCUCUCAAUCAAACUAGAUCACAGUUGUUCAUUACAGCUACUAUUGGCCAGUGAGUUGUUACUGUGAGGUCUUCUCUGACUGUGAAAUAUCAUACUUGGUGCAUUCUUACCAUAGAUGUAUUUUCUUGUCUACUUCAGCUUAUUUCUUGCUCAAGAUUUGGAUGCCUUCUUUUAGGAUACUGUAUUACCUACACAAUAGAUAAAUUCAGUUUAUCAGUGAGUUAAGAUAAGGUUGACAGCUCUCUACAAGAUUUAACUUCUAUUUUUCCACAUUUUAUAAACCAAAAUCAUAAUGUAUCCACACGUGUACAGCAAACCUCUCCACCGUGACAUUAGAGAAAUCCUCCAGAAAGUAAUGCUCAAAAUUUGAAAACGACCAUUUUUUAUUGCAGCACUAAUGAUGCAUUUCAAUUCCCACUGACUUCAGUGGAUUCAGUUUGUUUGUACCUACCAGGAAAUGUAAUUUGAGGAUUUAAUAUAUAAUAGAUUUUUGAUUUCAGAAAGAGGAACAGGAAAUAACACUUCUAACAAGUAUUUUUCUAUGUGCUAUAAACAAAUAGGAACUGGCCUGGUUGAAUGUAUUAAGGCGUUUCUUUCUUUUUUUUCUCUGUUUUUUUUUUUUGCACAAACUUAAUGCUAUUUGCGCCAAGUGCCCAAUCGUUGACGCUUGUGCUGGGGUUUCACUGUAAGUAGCAAAUAGUUUGAUUCAGGGUCUUAAUUCUUAUAAAGCAGGCGAUACUUCUUAGGAGAUAUGGGGGUGCGAGAGCUUAGAACUGUGGUAGAUAUUUCCUCCUCUCUUUUGAGGGGUUUUAUGAGAUUUUUUUAGUGGCCUUCUGGUAAGGCACUGAGGAGAAACUAUUCAGCUUUAUGGUAGCUGAAUGGCUAUAAAAAUGAAAGCAAAGGGACAGAAAAAGGGCUUUGACUUAAACCACUUUCUAGAUUAGUAUGAAGUGGACUCCAUUUCUUAAACUAUAAUCCAGGGAACAGGACAGAAAUGGGUGAAUGACAAGUGAUUCUGAUCCAAAGCAGCACUCGUGAAAACUUAAGAGAUAAACCAUUUUGAUCACAAAUGUCAAAUAAUAGAAUACAACAUCAUCAAUAGUCUUUAAUAGACUCUAAACACAGUCCUCACCAAAUGGCCAUAUGUUUGGGAAAGGGAAUGGGAUUUAAACAAAUAUGUAAACUACACACACCAUACACAAACAGUAUGUGGCCAUGACAACACUCACAUUUUAUUGAUUUGUCCUUGUUUUAUUUGAGAUACUUUUUAUUUGACAUAGAAACAAAAAAAUUUAAAUAGUUUACUGCGGUGAGUCUAGUGAGCUUGCUUAAAGACAGAUUUUAAUCCGUUGAACUGUACAUCUUACUUAAACUCUUCGUUUGCUGCAAAGAUCCUGGCAUUUGGACACCCUGAUAAAUCUGCCAGUGAAGUUUUCACCUGCUGAACUAGGGAGUGGUUUAAGAUAAAACAGGGUAUAUGGAUCAGUCAACCUGUGCCUCUUUUAUAACUGGGGAGCAACAAGCGCUGUGUAAAAGUGUCAUGAAUAACACUUUGUCGUUUAUGAUGAAGCCCCAUUUCGUCUUUACUAUACACCACUGAACACAUAAAGUGUCUUUCCUAUCAAUCGGGAGUAGGAUCCUGGUAAGAUAGAUGGAUGACAUUCAGAUGAACUUUUGAUCCUUAAGCAAUAACUACAAUAACUAGUUCAGGUGUUUUCUGGUAUAGAUGUUUAUAGUGCGAGUGCAGAAACUGCUCUUGCAAAUGCUAAUAGUUGCACAUUUUACUCAAUAUAUAGGAUAGUUUGUUUUCUGAUGGUUGUUGGAUAUAAUUUUGGCAAAAAGUAUGAAUACUGUAUAUGCUUGAAAUCUUCCAAUUAAUAUUUUUGAAUAAUGGUACUAAAUAGCUUUUGUCCUUGAUUUAGUCUUUAUAUUUUCUGGAGCGAUAUUUAUAUGCUUUUGUUUUCACUAAUAAUCAUCAUUACACUCUGCUGUAAUUGCAUGACGACCGUGCUUCCACAGUGACACAGUUUGAUUUUUGUUACCAGCAGGUGUACUUAUGCAAAUGUUCUCAAAGAGGGAUGCAUACAUCCCUUGUGCCUUUUUGGGAAGAUUGACUAUAUCCUGAACCUGUUGACUCAUGAUUUUUUUUAAUACUGUUGAUUCAUCAAUUCUUUUGAACGUUUCCAAUUCAGAGGUCCUGCACUGAAGCUGCUUUUUCUAACAGAAAAUAGGGCUCAACUGUGUACCAUUAACUAAUUAUUACAUUAUUUUUCAAAUGAA